CUCCCCAAUGUUCUCUGGUUCUUUUCUCCCUAAAACUCUAGGUCUUUUUUGUUGUUUUGAUUUAUGGGGUGUUCCUUCCAUCCGUCUUGUUUAAUUCGAGUUCAAAUCUGCACCCUACAAAUGCCCCACACAAUCGGAAGGCGCCAAGUGUCCUCUCGCAUGAUUUUCUCCCUCAGCGUGCGUGGAGCUAAUGGGACGGCUGUUAGCUCCAAAUUCCCGCUACCCUCGACUCUCGACCUGGCCUCCUCUAUCUAACUUUGACCCACCCCUGCACUCCUACAUCCAAGCUAACGGCAAGAACUCCGGCGAUGAAGACCGUUCCGACAAACACACCGGAGGAUGGAACUUUUUGUUUUCGAUGGCCACACCGGAUGGGGCCAAGAAGCUAAAAACGUCGAACUAUCUCUGGUAUGUUGAACCCUUGGCGGUUCUACUAUCUAGCUUCGGGAAGAUCUCGCAUUCACAUGCUGUAAUCCUCGGGGAAGCGCUUGCUUUGGAGGAGAAUGAUCUGGUGUUCCCUAGUGAGAGUUCUCUCGCCAGGCUCUAGUUCCAUCGCCAAUGUAGGUGAGCGUCAAUUGAUCUAUGCGAGUCAGAGUAUUGGAUCACUAGAAAUCAAUAUUUU